AUGGCAGAGGGCGUUGUAGCGUUGCUGAUUGCCAAGCUUGGUUUUGCCUUAGCAAAAGAGGCAGCAACCUUCGGUGCAUCCCUGCUAUGCAAUGAGGCAUCUGCCCUCAGGGACCUCUUCGGCGAGAUCCGCGAGGCCAAGGAGGAGCUGGAGAGCAUGCAUGCCUAUCUCCAAGGGGCGGAGCGGUUCAAGGACACCGAUGAGACUACCCGUAUUUUUGUCAACAAGAUCAGGGGCUUCGCCUUCGAGAUUGAGGAUGUGGUCGACGAGUUCACCUACAAGCUGGAAGACAAGCAUGGUGGAUUCACUAAGAGGAUGAAGAAGAGGGUCAAUCACAUCAAGGCAUGGCGUCGUUUGACACAAAAGCUUCAGGAUAUCAAGGGCAGGCUUCAGGGUGCAGACAGGAGAAAGGUACGCUACGACAUGAGAGAGAUGGAUAGAGAGGGGAGGAACAAUGGCCACUCUGGAUCUGCUGACCGUUCUCUGAAUCUUGUGAGGGAAGAGGAUCUUGUGGGCAUUGAGAAGAACAAGGACAAGCUGGUGCACUGGCUCGUGGGUGAUUUCGAGGAGCCACGAAGCAAAAUUGCAACUAUUUGGGGAAUGGGAGGUGUGGGUAAGACCACUUUGGUUCAUCAUGUGUACAAGGCCGUGAAGAUGGACUUUGCUAAAUAUGCGUGGAUAACAGUAUCAAGUAGCUACCAAGUUGAAGACUUGUUGAGACAGAUAGCAACUGAACUUGGUGUCGCAAUUGGCCUCGCGGACGCAAACAGGAACCUGGUUGAGGUAAUCCAUAAUCAUCUGCAAGGUUCAGAAUAUCUCAUAGUUCUGGAUGAUGUUUGGCAUUUGGAUGUUUGGUUUAAGGUAAGGAAUGCAUUUCCUACAGAAAGCACUAGUCGAUUUGUCAUCACCACUAGAAUCCAGGAGGUGGCAUUGCUGGCAACAAAAAACUGUACAAUCAAAUUGGAACCAUUAGAAAGACAUCAUGCAUGGCAGUUAUUUUGCAAUGAAGCCUUUUGGAACAAUGAGAAAGAAACAUGCCCAGAUGAACUAGAAAUUUUAGCUCAAAUGUUUCUGGAUAAGUGUGGUGGCUUGCCCAUUGCUAUUGCUUGUGUAGGCCGCUUGUUGUCAUGCAGGCAUCCAACAUACUCUGAAUGGAAAAGUUUAUACAAGGAGUUAGAGUUGCAGCUCAGUAAUAAUGUGAUCCUCGAUGUUAAUGCUGCUCUGAAAGUCAGCUUGGAGGACCUUCCAACUGAUCUGAAGAACUGUUUUCUGUACUGCACAAUAUUUCCAGAGGAUUAUCUGUUCCAAAGAAGACAGGUAAUGAGGCAUUGGAUAGCAUCUGGAUUCAUUAAAGAAGCAGGGAACAAAACAUUGGAUGAAGUGGCAGAGGGUUACCUGAACAAACUUGUAAACAGAAGCCUACUGCAGGUGGUCUAG